CAUGCCUGGGAAGAUUGUUAGCCUGACUCUUCCCCCAAUAUAAGGCAGGCCAACUCAGGGGCAAGUGCCCUGGGCAGGAACUGGCAGAUACAGAACCAUCACUCAGGGAUGGGUGAGCUGCCCCCAGCUGUGGUGCUAGACAAUGGCUCAGGUCUGCUCAAAGCCGGUGUUGCUGGGGACAAAGAACCGCGUGUCAUCUUCACCAACUUGAUAGGCCGCCCCAAGGCCAAGUCUGUGAUGCUAGGUGCUGGCCAGAAGGACUUCUACAUUGGCGACGAGGCACAAGCUAAGCGAGGGAUCCUCUCCCUCAGAUACCCAGUGGAACAUGGAAUUGUCACAUCUUGGCCAGACAUGGAGAAAAUAUGGAAGCAUACAUAUGAGAAUGAACUGAAGUUAAAUUCCAGCACAAGACCAGCAUUGAUAACUGAAGCACCACUCAACCCACUGGCCAAUCGUGAACAAAUGACAAGACUGCUCUUUGAGAAAUUUGAGGUACCAGCCCUCUAUGUGGCCAUCCAGGCUGUGCUGGCACUAUAUGCCGCGGGUCUCACUACAGGCUGUGUGAUGGAUUCUGGAGAUGGUGUCACCCACACUGUUCCAAUCUUUGAAGGCUACUGCUUGCCUCACGCUGUCCUCCGGCUUGACCUGGCAGGUCGGGAUCUUACAGAAUACUUCAUGAGAAUCCUGAGAGAAAGUGGCAUUGCCUUAGUGAGCACAGCUGAAAGGGAAAUUGUGCGGAUCAUCAAAGAGGGCUUAUGUUACGUGUGUUUGAACCCUGAGGAGGAGAUGGCUAAAAAACCUACUGCCAUAGAGAAAACUUGGAAGCUGCCUGAUGGGCAGAUCAUCAAAAUCCACAACCAAUUGUUCCGUUGCCCUGAGACCCUCUUUCGUCCAUCUAAUGUUGGCAUGGAGGCCCCUGGAAUUGAUAAGCUCCUAUUCAACACCAUCAUGAAAUGUGACAUUGACCUGAGGACCACUUUGUAUGCCAAUGUACUCCUUUCUGGGGGUUCCAGUCUCUUUCCUGGCAUCGGUGAGCGCUUGACUAAGGAGCUGAUUCGCAUGGCUCCCAAGGAUACGGAGGUGUUGGUCACAGCACCCCCUGAGAGGAAGAUCUCUGUUUGGAUGGGGGGUUCCAUUCUUGCUUCACUCUCUGCCUUCCAGGAGAUGUGGAUUUCCAAGGAGGAAUAUGCUGAAGUUGGGCCUAAUAUAGUACACAGGAAGUGCUUCUAGAUUCCUGCUGUAUUGAAACAUUUUUAUUUAAAGAAAAGCUGUUGGGGAAGAACAUCAAAUUCACGGCAUCCUCAGUGAGGCUUGUACCCUCACUGCUUUCUGAAAGAUGAAUAAAAGUAACAAUUCCAUGCA